AUGGCGUCUUUUUCUCUCUCUACAAUCUACAUUGUUCUUCUUCUCUCUCUAGUUUCACUUUCUCCAGCCCUUUCUUCCAAAUGCAAUACCCAGAAAUUUUCUCACAAAAGGGUAUACGAUAACUGUGUAGACCUUCCCAAACUCCGUGCUAAUCUCCACUGGACCUAUAUAAACUCAUCUGUUUCAAUCGCCUUCAUCGCACCGCCGGCGAGUCCCGACGGUUGGAUUUCAUGGGCAAUUAACCCUACCGGAAAAGGAAUGGAAGGCUCUCAGGCACUUAUAGCUUUUAAAGAUCCAAAAUUAAGUUCAAUGAUUGUACAGACAUUCAAUAUCUCUUCUGAUUCGAUCCAACCUUCGAAAAUCGCAUUUAAUGUUUCUAAUAUGAGCGCAGAGAAAUCAGGAAAACAUAUGAAGAUUUUCGCGACUGUGUUUUUGCCGGCAAAUAUGACGACGAUUAAUCAGGUUUGGCAGGUCGGAAGUGCGGUGGACUCUAAUGGAAUUCCUCAGCCGCAUGCGAUGUCGCCGGCGAAUUUAAAUUCGGUAGGAGAGCUUAAUUUGCUUGGAGAUGAUAGUAUUAGUCCUGCACCUCAACCGUCGGAAAGUUCGCCGGCUCCGGCGCCGAUUGGGAAGAAGAAUGGAGGAGUGUCUAUGAUGAAAAUGAAGAUUGGAAAUGGAUUUUUGAUAGUAAUGUUAAUUGUUUCUUCUAUCUUUUUAAUUGUUAUUUAA